AUGGGAAGCCACCCCACCCCUGGGCUCCAGAGAACCACAUCAGCUGGGUACCGACAGCCUUUCUCCUCCUCUGCUCGGGAUGGGCCUCUGGUGGGCAGGAGCCCUGCUGGUGCCCCCCAGGCCCUGACGGCCGCGCAAGCGGCCCUGGGAGCUGAUGGUGCGCAGCGGGGCCAGCUGUGGAGGUUCCUCCGUGAUGUAAUCCAUGCAUCCGUGUCAGCAACUGAUUCCUGUGACCCGGGGACAAACAUGGUCAAAAUGUCGCAGGGAGGGCUCACACUGCCACCGUGUUUUCUAUCCAGGGGUCAGAACUGGAGUUUCCUGAAAGACUAUGACCCCAUGGGCAACAAGAAGGAGCCCCGGAAGUUGCUGGAGUGCGUGCCUCUCUUCUCUGACACGGUCCCCAAUUCCACGAACCAGGCUGUGGGCAGCAGGGUGGACACGCCCCUGGGGAAAGCCCACAUCAGCCUGGACUUCUCCUUUGUGGAAGGAAUCCGGAAGAAGGAGCUUGAAGACGAGCUACGGCCCAUCCAGGAGGAGGGCCAGGUGGGGCCUGCCCCCGGCGGGUGUGGGGCAGCGGGGACGCUGCUGUGGGUCCGGCACCUGUGCCCCGGACAGCACCCCUGCAUACAGCCGGGGGUCGUCAUCUCUUAA